ACGCCUGAUAGCAUGAACUCCAACGAUCCGACGGCCCAAAGCAACGUGAGGCCUCGGGUGAUGGGCGUCAUCCUCAGCAUCGCCUCUUGCCUCAUAAUCUCCACCAACCUGCUGGUGGCAGCCGCUCUCCUCAAGCUGCUCCUCAAGAAGAGAAGCCAGAGCUGGGCCUUCGUCUUCAACCUGGCACUGGCCGACGCCCUGGUGGGUGUGGCCAUCACCGGCCUCGCCACGGAGGACUUUAACAGCAACAAUAUCGCCCACGGCCUCGUCACUGCCGGCCCUCCCACAAAUGGCACGCUUGCUGCUCAGGGUAAGAUCCAGUGUUUGAUGCGGAUGGCCUUCGUGAUGUCGCCCUGCACAGCGUCCAUCAUGUCCAUGUUCCUUAUCUCCCUUGACCGCUACGCAGCCAUCAAGAUGCCCCUGCGGUACUCACAGCUGUCGGGGAAGGGGACAGCACUCGGGUCCCUGCUGGCUCUCUGGAUCAGCUCCCUCACUGUGGGAUUCUUGCCAGUUAUGGUGCGGCAGCUGCAGGCGGAGGGAUACGGCGGCUUCUGUGCCUUUUUCUCCGUUAUUCACCAGGUGGGCAUGAUCGUGUUGUUCAGCACGGGCUUCUUCCCUGUGCUCUCUAUAUUCGUUUACAUCUACCUGGACAUCCUGAAGAUCGCCUGCAGCCACCAGAAGCAGAUCUGCCAAGUGAGGCAAGCUGGUUCCAGGACGGCUGACCACCAACAUUACGAGCACCAGCAGCUGAGGAGCCGUUACUGGAGCCACGUCAAGGCCCUGAGGACGGUGGGGGUGCUCGUGGGCUGCUUCUUGGUCCUCUGGUGCCCUUUCUUUGUAGCGUGCAUUGUGCACCUUCUGUGUGAAAGCUGCCAACUCACCGCCGUGUUGGAGAAUUAUCUGUGGCUGUUGGGACUGUCCAACUCUCUGAUCAACCCGCUGGUUUACGCCUUCUGGCAAAGGGAGGUGCGGCUGCAGUUGGCCGCCAUGUGUUCCUGCUUUACAGGCAGGCCGUCGGCUGCUGGACCUGCAGGCGGCACAGAAAGAUGUGACCCUCCUGCGCUGACUCAAGCAGCUGCCUCUGCUGAAGAUACCCUCAACCCUAUCUGCAACGACAAGGCUCACACUGUGACGACCAGCUUGUGA